AUGGCACCAAUUUUUCCUAUUUCUGGUAUGAUAACACUGGAGAUAGAAGGAGAUCCUUGUGACCAGAUUAUGAUGACGGUUGACGACAAAUAUGCCGUAAACAUUUUCUACGACUUCUGCGAGCAACCUAUGGACGGUGUCAAAUGCAGAGGAAGCAGGUCAUGCUCGCUAGACGUGUGUCUUUGUAAUGGACUGGAUGAAGUCUGUGAUGCAGAGGAGCCAUUUUUUCUUCAAAGAGAUAACUGUUCUGCUCCUCCUGAAACCACUAGGACUUCUACGCUCUCGACGACACUGUCAGCGACUACGAAGACAUCAACUAGCCCAUUAAGUACCACGACGACGAAAAGGAUGACGUCCUCUUCACCUCACACUAGUACGCCAUCAAUUAUCCCUUCGUCGACUCUCACUAGCACAGGAAGCUCUACCAAGCCUAUCACCACAACUUCGACAGUAGCAACUACAACGCCUGGAAACGACACGUUGAAACAUUUAACGCUUUCGGUGCCCACGGAGCGCCUACUAAACCAAAUAACCUCCAACAUUCCUGCAAUCCUAGUGAAGCUGGACUUCGUAUCGCACCCCGGACUCGAAGAAUAUCUUGCUCAACAUGGAUUGCGUUCUGUCAGCGGAUCCACAGCAAAUACAAGACAGUGGCAACAGUAG